AUGGCGCUACAAUCUAAAGCUUUGGAGGACGCUCCUUCACCUAACGCUUCACCUGACACUUUACUUGACGGUUCACCCGACUACUUCGGCCCCUCCGGCUUCCUCGCGUAUCCCACGGAAAUUGUCGAAAUUAUCGCGGAAGCUCUACCGCGCAACUCCUUCCUAGCCCUGCGCCAGACUUGCAAGGAGAUCCAAGAGAAAGCCGACUAUCACUUCAAAAAUCGCCAUCUUCUCGCGAAGAGGGUUGCGUUGGUGGAUGGGGCAUGUUUGAAUACGCUUGUCGAACUAGCAAGCCAACCAAAGUUUGCGAGCCGAGUGCGCCAUGUCCACAUUGAAAUCGAGGACAGCCUGAUCCUGUUGGCAAGCGACACAGCAUCAAGGCAGACGCGUAAGGUGACAGACUGGACGAAUCCGAAUUAG